AUGGAGAAGUUCUUCGCGAGGAUUGGUGAUGCAGUACGUUGGUACCCGACCGGCAACACUUACGAGGAGAAGAUUCUGAUAUUCAAGAUUGACCUUUGGUGUUGGUCUAUGCGUGUCUUUUAUUCGUUACCAACAACUGCCUACGUGUCCGGAAUGCGACAAGACCUUGACUUAUAUGGAAACCGGGUCAACUAUGUCAACGCUACAGCCGUCGUGUCUGCUCUAGUCAACGCUUAUAUUGCACCGAUAUACGUGGUAAAAGAUGGGAACCUAUCAUACUCUCAGUUCUUUGCGUUUAUUUCCAUCGGUCGGGCCGAAGGAGCGCUGCCGUUUAUAAUUGCUUGGGCUGCGGACAGUCUGAGCGAAGAUCUCGAAGCUCGUGCUAUUACGCUCGCGACGUAUAAUUGCCUGGGUGAGGUCACGAGCUUGGUUGUUCCAUUGGUGGCAUGGGCAGUGUCUAAGGGGCCGCGUUUCUUCGGCGGGUGUAUAUGGGCUCUCAUCAUUAGUGUUGCAUACUUCACCAACACCUUGAUUAUCGUGGAAAGGCGCAGUCAGAAGCGCAAAGCUGAGAAACGUAUCAUCGAAAAUGAGAGUUCUGAGAUCACAAACGAUUACGAGAAGAAAGUCACCAAGUCUUCAGCAGUAGUUGAGACGGCACCUGUAAGAUAGGAGUCCUGACCGGCGUGUCUAGACAGCUUCUGGCACGUGGAUCAGCCGUGGAAAUGGUAGAUGGGGAAGUUGUGUUGGAAGUCCCAAGAAAU